GUCUCCUUGAGCAUGGGCGGAACUGGUCAGCCAUUGCCAGGAUGGUGGGCUCCAAGACCGUGUCGCAGUGCAAAAACUUCUACUUCAACUACAAGAAGAGGCAAAACCUGGACGAGAUCCUACAGCAGCACAAACUGAAAAUGGAGAAAGAAAGGAACGCCAAGAGGAAGAAGAAAAAAGGCACCACUGUUCAAAACGAAGAAGCCGCCUUUCCUCCCGCAGCCGAGGACGAAGAGAUGGAGGUGUCGGGGACGAGCGGCAACGAGGAGGAGAUGGCCGAGGAGGCGGAAGCUGCAGUAAAUAACAGCUCCGACACUGAGAGCAUUCCCUCGCCGAGGCCCGAAGCCAAAGAAGGAGGCGAAAACGGUGCCAAGGCACCACCCGGGCCAGGAGGUGACUCCAGCACAGAACCGGCAGUCAAGUUGGAAGAGGCUCCGACACCCCCCGACGCUCCCCCCACCAACCCCGCUCCUGCCGCCAGCCCUUUGCCAGAGGCAGAUCCCGAGCCGCCCAGCAGCGAGGAGAAGGUGCAGGAGGUUCUGGUGGUGGACGUGGUGAAAACGGAGGAACCAGAGGAGAAGGUGAGCGAAGAGCCCUGCAAGAGCGAGGUGAAGAAGGAGGAGAGCGAAGACAGCCAGGAGAAGGACAAGGGGAAUGACAAGAAGGUGGAAAGCGGCGUCAGCAGUGGAGGGACAGCGGGGACAGAGGGGACGCCGAAGGCUGAGAAGAAGGAGAGCCAUAAAGGCAGUAAAGGCUCCGGGGUGAACCCCGACAGCGACUCCAGCGCGACCUGCAGCGCAGACGAGAUGGACGAGCAGGAUGCUGUGGACAAGAGCAGGUUGCUGUCCCCCCGGCCCAGCCUACUCAACACCGCCAGCGAUGCCAGGCUGAACUCCUCGCCGCAGAAGCCGCUGGACCUGAAACAGCUGAAGCAGCGUGCUGCUGCCAUCCCUCCCAUCCAGAUCACAAAAGCCCAUGAGUCUGCCCGCGAGGACGUGCCCCCGAGCAAGCUCUCGCAGCCUCAGCAGCCGCAGGCUGAGAAGGAGCAGCAGCAGCCAAGCAGCAGUCCCAGGGGAAAGAGCAGGAGCCCCGCUGUCGGCGACAAGGAAGGUAGGGAAAAGUCCAUGCAUUUCUCAUCCAUCGCAGAGGCUCAGAAGCUGAGCACAGAGCCGACAACCGCCUCGUGUUGGCCCCCUGUCCUGUCCUACUCUCGGGAUGUGAUAAAAGCCUCUCCCCAGGCGGAACCCCACUUGUUUCAGUAUAACCCACCAGGACACCCCAUCCCACUAAACCUGCAUGAGAGCUCUCGCUCGGGGCUGCAGAGACUGGCGAGCAUCUCCAACCCUCCUCCCCUCAUCUCCUCCACCAAGCACCCCUCUGUGCUGGAGAGACCCAUCGGAUCCAUUUCCCAGGGCAUGCCCAUCCAGCUCCACACGCCCUACAGCUCUGAGCACGCCAAGGUCCCCGUCGGCUCCAUCACCAUGGGCCUGCCGCUGACCAUGGAUCCCAAGAAACUGGUGCCUUUUCCUGGAGUAAAGCAGGAACAACUUUCUCCUAGAAGCCAGGCCAGCCAGCCAGAAGGUCUGGUUCUGCAGCCAUCCCAGGAGGGCUCCAUCCUGCGGGGUACUUCCCUCAGCUCUGCCUCGGGAGGGAGCAUCACCAAGGGAACACCCACAUCUAGACCCCCUCCGGAGUCGCCCAUCACCUACCGAGGGUCCAUCACACAUGGCACCCCGGCAGAAGUGCUGUACAAGGGAACCAUUACCAGGAUAAUCGGAGAAGACAGCCCCAGCAGAGCAGAGAAGGCGAGAGAGGAUGCCGUGCCCAAAGGACAUGUCAUCUACGAAGGGAAGAAAGGCCACGUGCUGUCCUAUGAGGGUGGAGUUGCUUCUUCUCAGUGUCCCAAAGAAGACAGCAGAAGCUCAGGGGCUUCACAUGAGACCACAGGAACCAAGCGGACCUACGAUAUGAUGGAGGGGAGGAUCAGCCGGGGCUUAUCAGCCCGUGAUACCUUAUCUGCUAGCAUUGAAGGUCUCAUGGGUCGAGCGAUCCCUCCAGACAGACACAGUCCCCAUAAUCUAAAGGAGCAGCAUCACAUGCGGGGCUCAAUUACACAAGGAAUACCUCGGUCAUACGUGGAGGCCCAUGAGGACUACCUCAGAAGAGAAGCCAAACAGCUCAAGAGGGAAAACACUCCACCGAGGGACUUAUCUGAUGCCUACAAGGUCAGGUCUCAUGAGGGCCUUACUCCUCUGAAAAUGAAACCUGCCCAUGAAGGCCUGGUGGCCACGGUGAAAGAAGCGGGAAGAUCAAUCCAUGAGAUUCCCCGGGAGGAGCUGAGGCGGACACCAGAUAUCUCUCUGACAAGACCUCUGAAGGAAGGCUCCAUCACGCAGGGUACCCCACUGAAGUAUGACAGCAGCUCUUCCUCCUCGAGUACCAAAAAGCAUGACGUGAGGUCCAUCAUCGGCAGUCCCGGCAGGACUUUUCACUCCGUGCACUCACUGGAUGUCAUCCAAGACCCGAGGAAUCUGGAGAGAGCUUAUGAAGAGAGCCUGAAAAACAGGCCAAGCCCAGUGACAAACUCAGGUGGCUCCAUCGCCAGAGGGGCUCCUGUGAUUGUACCCGAGCCGGGCAAGCCCCACCAAAGUGCCCUUGCCUACGAGGACCACCAGGCAGGGCACAGCACGACGUUUGGCAGCCACUUGCACAGAGGGUCUCCGGUCUCCACACGGGAGUCCACGCCGCGGCAGCAUGAAGGGAGCAUCACUGCCGGGAAGCCGGUGUCCCAGGACAGAAAGAUCACCCCCACAUCGAGAGAGCUCACCAACUCCAAGUCUCCACAUGCCCCCGUGGCCGACCACCAUCACCCCAUCUCCCCGUACGAGCACCUGCUCCGUGGUGUGAGUGGGGUGGACCUGUACCGAGGGCACAUCCCGCUGGCUUUCGACCCCGCCGCCAUCCCGAGGGGAAUCCAACUGGAAGCAGCUGCUGCUUACUACUUGCCGAGGCAUCUGGCUCCGAGCCCCACGUACCCCCACCUCUACCCCCCGUACCUCAUCCGGGGCUACCCGGACACGGCCGCCAUGGAGAACCGCCAGACCAUCAUCAACGACUACAUCACGUCCCAGCAGAUGCCCCACAACGCCGCAGCCACGGCCAUGGCGCAGCGGGCAGACAUGCUGCGCGGCUUGUCGCCCCGGGAGCCCUCCCUCGCCCUCAACUAUGCAGCAGGUCCUCCCGGCAUCAUCGACCUGUCCCAAGUGCCACACCUGCCUGUCCUCGUGCCCCCUACCCCUGGCACCUCUGCCACCACCAUGGACCGCAUCACCUACAUCCCUGGCCCCCCCCAAACCUUUGGCAGCCGGCACAGCAGCUCCCCGCUCUCCCCAGGAGGCCCCACGCACAUGACCAAACAGUCGGGAUCGUCGGUGUCCGAGCGGGAGAGGGAACGGGAGAGGGAGCGUGAAAAAUCCAUCCUCGCAUCCACCACAGUGGAGCAUGCACCCAUCUGGAGACCAGGUAGGCUGGGGAGGAGCCUGGCAUCACAUCUUGGGGCCCGUGCUGGGUGGAGCAGCCGUUCGUCCUCGCACUCGCACAGCCACCAGCACUCUCCCGUCUCACCCCGCACCCACGAGACCAUCCAGCAGCGCCCCAGCGUGCUCCACAACACGAGCAUGAAGAUCAUCUCCUCGGAGACCCCCACCCCUUCCGUCCUGCGAUCCUCCUCCACCACUACCACGUCACCGAUCCGGUCCGCCGCCUUCCCCUCGGCCUCCACCCUGCGCUCCUCCAUCAGCGCAGCAGACGGCUAUGUGGCCCCGAUGGACCCGGCCAUCCUACAGAAAGAGGCCUCGAGGGCACGGGAAGCCAAGACAGAACGACCCCAGACUGACAACAACGUCUUCACCUCAAAGCUGCCCAGUGGGGCCAACCUCGAACAGUCGCCUUCACCCAUUAAAGCCAUGGAGUCGAGAUCUUUGCCCGCCUCUGGACCUGGUUCUUCUCAUCACUAUAGCAGAGGACAGGGGAAAAGCCAGCAGCACCACCACCCUCUGGACCAGCAGCACGCAGCCUCGGGCCCCGAGCAGCACAGUAGAGAGAAGAGUCAAAGUAAACCCUUCUCAAUGCAAGAACAGGAGCUCCGAGCACUCGGCUUUCACGGAGGCUACAGCCCUGAGCGGAUGGAAGCAGUGAGUCCCGUGAGCUCACCCAGCCUGUCCCAUGAGAAAGGGGCCAAGCUGCUGCAGGAUGCGGAGAAGGGGCACGGGGAGCAUGACCUGAGGCUGAAACAGCAAGGCUCGCUGAAGGCCUCGGUGUCUGAAGCCGCCCACCUGCAGCACCUCCGGCAGCCUGACGGUCCCCAGCCCCAGUGCCAGCCCCUGCAGUCCAGCCAGAGCAUCAAGGGCAUGAACCAGCGUGUGGUCACGCUGGCCCAGCACAUCAGUGAGGUCAUCACGCAGGACUACACCCGCCACCACCCACAGCAGCUCAACUCCCAUAUCCAGACUCCGGUGUACUCCUUCCCCGGGGCCACGUGCCCCGUGCUGGACCUGCGCCGCACCCCCAGCGAGGCAUAUCUGCAGCAGCAGGAACAUGUGGCAGCCUCCAGGAUCUCCCCGCAGAACGAAGGCAGCAAAAGGUCCCCGGAGCAGAGCAAAGCCUCGACGGGGAGCGGGUCGGACAACUGUAUCGAGCCGGUCUCUCCACCAGACGGCGUGGGGGAAUCGGAGCACGCCAAGACCACCACGUACCCCAUCCUGUACCGCGAGGGCGAGCAGAUCGACCAGAGGAUGGGGUCCAAGUCCCCAGGCAACAACACUCAGCCUCCAGCUUUCUUCAGCAAGCUGACUGAGAGCAACUCUGCCAUGGUGAAGUCCAAGAAACAGGAGAUCAUCAAGAAGCUCAGCACGACCAACAAAAAUGAGACUGAGUACAAUGUUGGGCAGCCUGGGACAGAGAUUUUCAAUAUGCCGGCGAUUACCGGAGCAG